AGUUAGCUCACUUCGGCGCACAAAGAAUAACACGACCUGGCACAUUGGAAUGUAUACAUGUACGCGGUGUAGUACCAACUGUCAGGUGUGCCGAACUCGCUGUGUGUAUGGGAGCUAUUCCUGCUGUCGUAAAAUCUCGUCAACAUCAAAGUGCCCUACAUUUGUGCUUAGCUGAACUCCCACACGUGGAGUUCGAACACACCUGUGUGUCAGUUAGGUGACUAACACACAGACCGGACGUUAGGGAGAAUAUGUGGUGCAGAAGGGGGUAAUUAUUUCAUUCACCCAGACAUUGGGUGCACUCGAUUUGUGUACGCCGAUUUGCUGCAGUCACAGUCUCUGUGUGGUAAUGUGAUUUGUGUUAUUUUGAUGUAAUUUAAGGAUACGUUAUAAUUAGAUUCGUCUAGGAAUGUAUUUAUAAAUAGAUAUUGUAGUAUUUGCAUCUGUAUUCGGCGGAUAAACGACCACCAUGGAGCUCCGGUCAGUUGUAUCCAUGAUAUUAAUGGUGUGUGCUUCCUACUUGCACGUACGCUUGACCACUGCCACUGUGUCCGGAGUAUACAGGGACAAUGGAGUGGACAGGACAGAACGGACGUCUGAAUUCUCUAGUAGAGACAAACGGGAGAUGCAGCACGAGAUUUUGACUCUAUUGGGACUUCACCAUCGUCCCAAACCAGCUGGACAUAGCACCACAGAAUACUCUGCUCCGAGGUUCAUGUUGAAUUUAUAUAAUUCCAUCACAUCGGAUGGAGGUGUGAUUAAUGACGGGAAUCGCCGCCAAUUCGAUCGAAACGUCACAAUCGAGAAUCAAGUCGAACCCAUUGACGGUAGUGACGUCAUCAUGAGUUUUGUUAACCACGCUAAAAAGAUAAAAUAUCUACGUCGCCAGAAAGACCGGACAUUUUAUUUUGACUUUCGUGAGGUCACACAGAAGGAAUCCGUCGUUAGAGCUGAACUACGCCUUUACAAGGAGCGGGCCGGCAAGUGGAAGAAACACAACUUCCAAGUUCAAAUCUACAUGAUCCGACAGGGCAAUGACCCCGAGAACUACGAGAUAGUGACGGAGAGCAACCUCACAGUGAAGGCUAACUACCAAGGCUGGUUGACCUUUAACCUUACAAACGCAGCCUCGCUCUGGACAUCAUCGUCUGCCCCGAACAUGGGCCUGUUUAUGAAAAUUAUAUUCCUGAAAAAAAACCGUGAUGUUAAACCGGAAAAAUUUGGAAUAGUGGGUCGAAAAGGACCGGAAUAUAAACAACCAUUUAUGGUCGGGUACUUCCGGUCAACACCGGAACUCCAUGUCCGGAAGACGCGAGCAGCGGUUAGACGCAGAAUGAAGGAAGCUGCUUAUUCCACUGACGACGAGGAAGAGGAAUAUUCUUACACCCGGGCGCUACGUAGAUCUCCAAGGAGAGUACCCCGUCAGUGGCCUUGUCAGAGACGAACGCUGUAUAUGAAAUUCAGAGAUCUGGGAUGGCAGAACUGGAUUAUCGCCCCAGAUGGAUUUAAGGCCUUUUACUGUGACGGAGAAUGUUCGUUCCCGUUGGGGGCCCAUAUGAACGCAACCAAUCACGCUAUUAUACAAACACUUGUGCACCUGAUGACGCCAUAUAAAGCCCCAAGCCCCGGAUGUGCUCCAACCAAACUCGGCUCCCAAUCCGUGCUGUAUUUUGAUCAUAAUUAUAAUGUAGUUUUAAAACGUUUCCCUGAUAUGAUCGUUAAGGCAUGCGGUUGCCAUUAGCCAAUGGAAAGUGCUGUUUAUGUCUCCGUUGGUUUAAUUGGUGUUCAUUAGAUGACAUUUGCGAGCCAAUAACAAACGUUCUGGUUACGUCAUGUGACUACCAUUGACUAAUGAAAACUAUAUGUCUCGUGACCAAUGCAAUAACUGACGGUCUGUAGACUGUAACUGCUAGAAAUCAUGUGAUGUUUGAACUGACCAAUCAAAUUUUGCUGUAUUUGUCGUCGGAGUUUCAAUAUUGGAGUAUUUCGAUCGGAAAUGAAACAAAGCUAUUGGGUUCACGUCCGUAAUCACGUAAUGACUAUGAUUUCUAUAAAUGACUCUUUUUGUAACAAUUCAGCGUCCUCAUCAACAGUGUUAGUGAUUUUUUGUACAGACAGAGUGGACAUACAUUUUGGUUGUCUGCCCUUGGCUGUUGAUGGCUAGUGUUUAGAGCCAAGUUUAGCCAAUUUGUGGAAGGAACACUCGUAAUUGGACAAGAAAGUACCUAGUGAAACGGGAAUUUGCCAUUGGAACAAUGUACCCUCAUUUCAUGUCGACCAGUUUCUAAGGCCAAACAUGGAAUGGCGUCAUUCUUCCGUGUGAUUUCCGUUAAUUGAAUGUACUUCGAAUACGUGUAAAUACACAAUUGUAUGCUGAUGUUCAGUGAUGUGCUCGUACAACAAAUGUCUUUGAGCUUUUGAAUGAUAUCUGUGUUGUUGGGAUGAGCUUGUUUGGAUAUUGACUAAACAAAUCAAAUUCAUUCAGGCCGAUUUUCUAGAGUAUAUUAAAUGCGCAACGGUUACUCCCUAGAUAGUUGAAGCACAGAUCCCUUUUCCUUACACGUUGGUAUAUAUAUAUGUUAACAAGAAUGUUAGGAUCUGAUUGAAAUACUUUGUAUGUGAUGAAAACUAUGCAAUAACGAAAUAUGUUAAUGAACAGGUUCAAAACAUACCAAGUUGCAUGCAACAUAUUAAUUUCGCAUUUUGAAAUGUUGGUUUUGAAAAUAUUUGGAUCCGAUACCUAUGCAUCAUAUUCUUUUGUUUACCCUUGGAUAUCCAAAGAACUAAACAAUAGGAAUAUUUUAGAUUUUGGGUUUUGACCGGAAUAACAUGACACUGUAGAAUUAAUGUUGGUAAAUGUUAUCGGUCUUCGCAAAUGAUCUGUUCUGAUCUCCAUCGUAUUAUAAUGACGCACUCGCCAUCAAACGCAACUUCAUCAAUAGAUUCUGACAAGGAACGGACCAUGCUUUAAAAUCAACAAUUGUGCACGUGCACAGACUAUAAACAUGCCAAAUUCACGUGAGUUAAUGACCCGUCCAUGUUAUGAUAUACAAACCCCGGCGGGCUUCUCAUUUCAGUCAUGCGAGGUUUUGUCAGCUUGUAACUUACUUUUGUAGCUUAUAAAGAAAACAAUUUGUUUGGUAAAUAUUUUUGAAUAUUGACAUAGAAACAAUUUAGCUUUAGGAAAAGAUAUAUUUACCUGUACCAGUUACAGAAAUGGAUGCGAGCAUUUUAAAAUAUACCAAAGCAAAAGCUUUAAUUUUCGCAGUAAGCUGUUCAUUCAUAAAACAAACAUGUCCUUUCAGCAUGAGAUAACACUAGAAUGAUAACAAUGCUUCCUUGUUUACAAUUCUUGCAGUCUAGCUCUUUAAAAGCUUCGGCAAUACUACAGUGACGUCACUGUCACUGACGUCUUUGUUCAAAGGCACAGGGACUUUGUACGGAUUCCCAAUCUACUGUCCAUAUAUGUAUAUCAUAUAUAUAUAUAUAUGUAUGAACAGUGGACUGGGAAUUCAUGUCAAGCCCCUGUGCUUGUAAAGUUGCUAAGUCUCAACCAACCGGUAGAUCAUCUGAUACCUUUGAAUGCCUGUCAGUCAUGCUCAUCUCUUCUAAUUUUGAACGUGAACUAUCACCGUUUAGUUCAGACAGGGAACGUACAUGUGUAUGACCCUGGUUCAGAUGAUAAAAUCCAUACCUAUCAGAUUUUGAACCGAGCAAUCAUUAUCUAAUCGAUCAUAUUCAACCAUUGUACCGGUCAUUUAAAUUUCCCGCCAAAAAGUCAUCCAGCCCACCAUACACAAGGAACUGCAUGUUUGUACAUUUAUAUUUCCCAAUCAGGCCAGUCCAUUAACAAAUAAUAGGGGGGAAAUAUAUGUUAUAUUAGAAUAUUUUAUGUUGAGCGCAGUUUAAGUUCAUCUCGUUAACGAUGAGUACAGAGUGAAUGGAUAUGGAAUAAGGUUAGCCAUUACCGGAAACCCACGAGACAGCUGUCGUUUGACUUUCUGCCCAUGUCGUUUUGUCGUUUUGUCACGACAAGACGCACACGACAAGGAAAACGACAAGAGCAUACUCUAGUCUCGUUUCGUUUCAGGCGAUGAUGGUAUGGGAAUUACUGUAUCCUCAUUUCUGAAAGAAACAGUUAAAAAGUAUCAUUUGUAAAAUAGUUCAAACUAUGAUGCUAUGAUCAAAUAUAAUUCUCAAUUUGUAAAGAGAGACGAAAAAGAUGUAUAUAUUUAUUUUUUCUAAUAUUAUGAAUUAACAAAUAUUUUUGACUGCAUGUUUGUAUGUUCGUUCUUGAAUAAAGUGCUACUAUUAUAUGACACAAA